AUGGACCCUCGAUUCGAAAAAAAACUACAUGCCCUCUCUGCCACGGACACUCUCACCCACGGACGCUCUCACCCACGGACGCUCUCAACGGACCUCUCACUCUCACUCUCACCCACGGGACGCUCUCAUCCCACGGGACGCUCUCACCCACGGACGCUCUCACCCACGGACGCUCACCCAUCACCCACGGACGCACGGACGCUCUCACCCACGGACGCUCUCACCCACGGACGCUCUCACCCACGGACACUCUCUGCCACGGACGCUCUCACCCACAGGAACCUCUCACCACGGACACUCUCACCCAACUGGACACUCUCCCAGGACUUUUCUCACCCACAGACGCUCUCUGCCACGGACACUUCACCCACGGACGCUGCGUCAUCCACCCACGGACACUCUCUGCCACGGACGCUCUCACCCACAGACACUCUCAGCCCACGGGACACUCUCUCCACGGGACGCUCUCACCCACGGACACCACGGACACUCUUGCCCACGGACACUCUCACCCACGGACACUCUCCUCUCACCACGGACACCUCUCACCCUCACGGGACCCUCUAUCAAUAUGCUGUGAACCAGACAUUUCUCAAAACCAGGUUGAUUAAAGAGUUGACUAUAUUUGACGUGCAAGAUCAAUCAUCAUUAGGCAGAAAGUGGUGGAUGUGA